AUGGCAAUAUAUUACGAGCCAGACGAGGAAUCGAUCGAAAAUUCCUCACAAGAUUCAGGUAUGAGAGCCACGAGACAGGGGAAUGGCACUGCCGAGGACUAUAAACCCGGAUCAGCCGGUGCAAACCGGCAUACCAUCAAGCAAUUUCCACAGCCCAAGCAUGAAGGGUACCGGUUCGAGGUCAAUUCUCGAGCUCAAUUGAUCGAGAGUAUCAAACGUGGAGAAAGUCCGACGUGGGUGCCGAAUCCAGCACUAGAAGCUCUUUAUGCGAGGUAUAAUCCUUCAGACCACGAGGAUCAAUGCCAGAGAUCCCCCCAGCGGGACAGAACGUCACUGGAUCUAGCUUCAAAGGACGUGCAGGCCGCCGAGAGGCAGGGCAUGACAAGCCCUUGUCGUGAUUUGGACCCGGCCGAGAUCGAGCGCCCUCGUUCAGCUCUACAUUCUGGCGACUUCUUCGAGAAGCGUUCCUCCGACUCAAUUUCAUAUCCGUUGUCUGGUGCUCCGACACGCUCAACCAGUCCACCAAGAGACUGUGUUGUCUCCUCACCCUCGACCUCCUGGUAUGCGCCUGCAGUCCCUGCCUUCUCACAGCGCUCGACAGAAUACGAUGGUGAGUCUUGGUCAAGACCUCUCAUCUCUCGGACGAGGGCCCCGUCUUUAGGGAGCAGUCUCUCUUCGAGCUUCGUUUUCCGUCCUCCUACGAGUCCUCUUGUUCAUGCUGCCAGCAACACUGAUCUAGAUUUCCCUACGAGCUUCAGUACUGCAUAUCAGCCAUCAAGCCCUGAAAGGAGCAACCGGAGGCGUACUCUACCCCCUGAUAGCUUUUACUCCUUUCAGCAAGCCUCGGAUAGCAGCGCAGCGGUCACGAACUUUAGCAGGCCAUUUGCGUCAGUGAGACGACAGUCGUCACUUCCUUAUCAAGCCCAUCAACCUCGAAGAUCCAUGACCUCUUUUCCGACGGGUCACUCAGUAUCCAGUCCUCAGACGCCUGGAUUGCCACGAUCUAGGAGACCGUCAUUCUCUUCGGACCACUCUCCUUUACAACACGCAUCAAUGGUAGGUUCAUUUGAGGAAUCCAUUCUCCGUGGCAGGAUGUCCACCGCGCCUUCCAAGCCGCUAGACUUUGUUGCCCAGAUCGGUGUGCUUGGAAGAGGUGAGUGCAAGCCUAACCUUAGAUGUCCCGCUCAUGUAACGGUUCCAUUUCCUGCCGUCUUCUAUAACUAUCCAUCCAUCGGGAAGAGGUCAUUUUCGGACGAUAGCCCAAGCCCUUAUGUUGGCACCAUAGAUUUGGAGCACUCGCUAAAGCCGGUUGAAGCAAAAAAGGCUCGAAGACGUCCCGCGAGUCCAGCACCGAGCGUAGAUGCUCUCAUGAAAGAUGUCACAGCACCGGAGAAUACGCAUAUUGGGUUGGCCCUUGAACGAAAGAAGCGAGAGAAACAUCGGAAACGAUCGGCCUCCCCGAAGAGCCCUCCCGGUGGCUGCUAUCGUGUCCCUCAACAAGGUCAGCUACAAAUUGUCAUCAAAAACCCAAACAAGACCGCAGUCAAACUCUUUCUUGUCCCUUACAGCUUGGAUAGCAUGGAACAGGGCACGAAGACUUUUGUUCGGCAGCGCAGCUUCUCGGCUGGGCCUAUACUUGAGAAACCAUUAACCGACAAGCCACAAGCUAUAUUACCUGACCCUUUACAGCAUAAAUCUAUCUUGAGGUACUUGAUCCACCUCAAAUUCUGUUGUCCGUCCAAAGGAAGAUAUUAUUUGUAUGACAAUGUUCGGGUAGUUUUUGCAAAUCGUGUUCCUGACGGUAAAGAGAGCUUGAGAAACGAAGUCCAGCUCCCAGAACCACGUUAUAGCUGUUAUAGGCCAGGACGAGAAUCUUCGAUGGGCAGUGCAGGAGCUAAAUUAGUAGCAGACAAGGCGUCGAGGAGACGAAGCUCAGGUUUGGUUCUGACAUCUGCCGGGUUUGAUGCUAUGGAUGGAUUCACUUUCACUGGACUUGCGACGACAUUUCCUGUCGAUGGAAUUGCACCAGCGCCGUCAACAUUUAUACCGCUUAAUCUUCUUCCCCGAAGCAAGACUCAAACAGCUCUUUCGGAAGUGGACGAAGAAAGGCCGCAAAACGAUGCUGCUGCCGGGUUUCAGACUAGGAAGCCUACUUCACGAGCUAUAACCGCGGUACUUGCAGCUGAAACCGAGCCGCGUGAACGGACAACGUCUCCCACUCCGGGAUUUGUGCUCUCCACAACUACUAGAGCUUCUCAAGUGCCAUGGGCAACAGUUGAUUUCGGUACGACUGAUAUUUGCAGCAAUACAGUCUCUCGGACUGUGUCACCUACACCAGCUGAAUGCGGUGAGGGACUACUUUCCCGAGAGCUCAGGAGCAUGGACGUACGGAAAUCAUCGACCGAGCAAGCUUGA